AUGUCAUUCAGCAGCAAUAUACUCGAGCAUGAAACUUUGCUACAAUCACUAUCGCUAGAGGAUAAAUUAGAACAAAGAUGGAAUCCACCGGUGUUUGCUGGGUCAUUUGAAGAGGAUGCUGAUGCUAUGGAUCUAGAUGAUGAUGCAAUGGACAUUGACGAUAAAUCACUCAAUGAACUGCUGAAUGACGAGUCACUACUGGAACCGCAAAAGUAUGGUGACGAUAAAGUAGAUACAAGCCAUUAUUCAGAGGAAAAACAUCACAACCUACUUGCAUUAUUAUCACCAACCAUGAUGGGCGCAAGAUUAGCAAUUACUCAUAAACCAAAGCUUUUGAUACCGCCUUCACCGAAAAUUGCUAAUUACAGAGCGAUUGAUACUGAUACUUCUAUGGAAUAUCUGCCUUCUAGGACGCGAAAAAGUUCAAUCGACUAUGAAUUUGAUGUUAGUUCUUUUCCAACCAUUAAAAACACUAGCAACUUAGUCUCCCCGUGCAAUACUUCUACCUUUUACAACAUGCCCGAUUCCAGUUUAUUUGUAUCUGGAAAUGCUGUAAACUCUGGAUCAACUGAUUUCAUUAACCGGAGCCCAGUUCAGCCUCAACCACAGAUGAUCCAUCACCACCAUUACUAUAUGAAUGGAAGUAGUGACCAUUCACAAGUUGAAAGAAUGAAGAGGCAGUACUUUAAUCAAUUAAAGACAAAGGAACUGCGCGAAGAGGAACUAGAUAAGUACUUGGCCAUGCGAAAGAACGAUUCUACAGAACUAACUCGAACAUCCGAUUACAUUAACCUACCAGCUCCCUGGAGAGGAGACAUACAUCCCAUCGAAAAAGUGCCAUACAUAAUAUCAUCAUAUUUGCAAUUGUUUAUCAAUUUCAUAAUAUCCUUAUACUUUAUCUACCUCGUUUACUACAUCGUCAUAUCGAUAAAAUCGGAUGUGAACCACAAAAUACACGCUCAAAAACGUGCAAUCCAAGCUCAAAUAGAUUCUUGUCGUACAUUGUUUUAUGAGAGUAAAUGCAAUGAUCCUGAAUUUAAUAGUCUACCAAUAUUACGAAAGAAAUGUAAGACUUUGGCACUAGGGAUGAACCAAGAUCCAAAUUCAAUUGGAAAUUUGUCAAUGAUUAAUGCACAGAUUAUUGGUUUGAUUUUAAAUUCAUUAGUUGAACCGUUAGGGUUCAAGUUUUUUAUGUUUUUAUUAUGGUGUGGAAUUGUUGUGUUUGGGUGCAAUUUUGUGUUUGGGUUUGUUAGAGCAAAGACGUACUAUGGGGGUCACACUGACGAUAAAGAGCUAAUUAGAAAAGUUGAGUAG